AUGCCUCGUGGGAAGACGGACCCCGUCCUGCUGUCCCACGCUGAGCUGCCCGUCACCGAUGGCGAGGGUCCCCGCGGCAGCUGCGAGGGCCGGAGGUCCACGUCGGAGGAGGAAGGCCACCUCCCCGGCCUCCCCCGCGACGACCUCACCAAGAGCAUGUCAGGCUCCUCCGUCUCCUCCUACCACUCUGCCCUGUGCUCCGAGGGGACCGAGACCUUCAAGGACUGCCUGGAGUUUCUGGACGAGGAGGCGCCGGUGCCCAGGGACGCGGGGCAGAGGGGCAGCCGUGCAGAGGGGGCUGCCCCGGGACGCUGGGCAGUGACGGAGGCCCCCAGCGUCCCCCCGCCGCCCGUCCCCCUCGCCCGCCCGCAGCAGGCUCAGCUGUCCGUCGCGGCUAAGAAUAGCUCAGCGCUGGGGCAGGGGGGCAGGAUGGGUCCCCUCGGCGGGGACCGGCAGCCUGCCACCGUUGCCACUACCGCCAGCAGAGAGCUGCCUCUGCCCCGGCCGCCCGGGGGGAUGCUCGGAGGGGCACCCAGCGAUUCGGACGAGGCGGACGGCGAGGUACGGGCACUGACAGCCAGGGCUUUCCGCAGCCUCUCAGGUCUCCCCGGUGCCCACCUCGACAUGUACAGCUCCCACACCUCCUCCAGCCUCUCCAACUCGCUGUCGGAGGACGGCGGGCGGCCACGGCGGAGGCCAGUGGACAGCGGCGAAGCUCGGGGCACGGUGGCAGCCCUCCACGGUAGGGUGGGAUGGCCCUUCCCCGCCAGCGUGGACGGGGAGCUGCUGGGCUUGCUGGGGAAGGAGCAGUUCGAGUGUGUGGACGUGGAGCUGGAGAGCGGGGAGAACAGGAAGGGCCACUGCAAGAAGAGGACCGUACCCAAGCGCCAGAUCCUGCUGAAGAGGAAGGAGAGGAAGGAGACAAGUUUUGGCCCGAGGGGGGACAUCUCGGUCCCCCAACCUCUGCCCCCCACCAGGAAGGAGCCCCUUAGCAAGGGCAGGGCCGUCGGAGAGGACUUCAGGCUCAACUACAAGCAGUUCAUGAAGACAGCGUCCCUGGACACCAGCGCUGACAAGACCAGAGCAGCCUCUAGCCUGGUGAAAAACGUCCUCGCCAAGAAGAUGCAGUACGAGCAGAUGAUCAAGAUGGAGCAGAAGGGACUGCGGGGCAGCUCGACCUCCUCGGGGCCGUCCUCCACUGGCACCGACCUGCUAGGGGAUGGCCUGGAGGGCAAGUCCAGCUCACUCUCCCGCUCAGACUGCAGCUUCUCAGCCGAAGACUUACGGGGCAGUGGGAUGCUGGCAGCUACGGUGGACACAGUGACGGUGGGGGACACCACCACGCAUCCCGCCAGGGGGGUGGUGCUGAGUGAGGCGAUGAGGGAGAACGUCUGCAAGCUGAAAAAAACCUUCAACGAACUCAACGAGAGGAUGAAGUAUCAGGAGGUGCUGGAGGGCCACCGGCUGCCUGACGCUGAUGAGGAGCCCGAGUCGGAGAGGACUCGCUACCGGCGAGCACGAGCCUUGUUUGAAACCCACUGUGGGGUGGGGAAGGCGCUGGAUGUUGCCCCCAGAUUUGAGAGGGUGCCAAAGCCCUGGCCCAGCUUGAGGGAGCGAGCCAUCUGCCCCAGCCACCCCCAGCCCCGCCGCUGCGAGCCCAACAGCCGGGCGCUCCCCGCCAUGCCAUCACGCCACCUCUUCACCUCCCGGGCGCAGGACGUGAAGCUGCUGCCACAGAGCCAGCAGGAGGAGAAGCCACCAGUGGUGUCCCACCAGCUGCCCGGCCCUGGCUCCCCAACCCGCGGGUGCCCACCAGCCAUUCCCCCUAAGCCAAAGGAGAAGGGGAAGGUCUGCAUCCCGCAGCCCCGGGACGUGCGCAAGCUGGUGAAGAACAGCUACAGCCUCUGCUUCGGGACUGCCAGCACAUCCCGUGGCACAUCCCGUGGCACCGUGGCACCAGCAAGCAGUGGGGAGCCACCCCCAGCCGCCCCGCUUGUCAUCCACUGCACUUCGGUCCGACGCCAGGAGCCUGUGGCAGAGCCUGGGGAUGAGGAGGGGCUGGCAGCCACCAGCCAAGAGCCAGCCCCGGCGUGUGCCGAGGGACCCACGAAGCUCACCAGCAGCCAGCCCUUGCUCACUCAGGGCUCCCCUGUCCACAUCACGAGGGUCCAGGCCACACGGAGAGGGGUGACCGCUGCGGAGGGGCCGCCGACAUCACCCCCACACCGAGAGCGGAGCGAACUCAGGGUGCCACCACGGGCACCGGCAGCCGAGGGCGUGCCACACGUGGAGACACACCUCCACGUCCUUGUGGGCCGGAGGUCCCCGGCCAGCGCUUCUUUGGGGACCUCUGCAGUCCCCAGCCCGGAGGCGGCCAGGGAGGGCUCCCCGGCUCAGAGCACUGCGGUGCUGCGGACGGAGAAGACCGUUCUCCUCCCACCAUCGCCAUCGAGUCCCACGGAGGGGAAGGAGGGACGUAGCCAUGGUGGCACAAGAGCGCUCCAAGGGGCUGAGGAGCUUGAGUCAACGGUGCAUCAGCAUGGCAGCAGAGACAGCAGGAACCCCCACGCUGGACCCCCGGCUGGCGACGUCGUGCACCCACAGCCUGCACAUCCAGGAGCAAGAAGAGCACCAGAGCCACUCACAAGAGAGCAGAGGCAGAAGCAGCCAGUCAGCCAGCCGGUGUCAGCAGGGAGUGGUGGCUUUGCUGUUGGCCCUGGCCCUGCUGCCCCAUUUGGAGCUGGGGAGGGUGGUAAAGGUGCCUCUGGCCAGCUGCCGGAGCAGAGGGAGGCCUGGGAGCAUUUACCCAAAUGGCAGGCGGUCACUGAGCCACAGCUGCCUCCUGCCCCAGCAGACACCUCCAACUACUUGGCAAUUCCUGUGAAAGCCCCCAGAUCCUCUCCCAUGCCAAAGCUGCCCUUGGUCCCCAGCCCAGCCAGCGCAUCCUCUGGGACCUCUGCAGUCCCCAGCAUAGCCAGCACAUCCUUUGGGACCCCCUUGGUCCCCAGUCUAGCCAGCACAUCCUUUGGGACCUCUGUAGUUCCUAACCCAGCCAGCAUGUUCUCUGGAACCCCUUUGAUCCCCAAUCCAUCCAGCAUGUCCUCUGGAACCCCUUUGAUCCCCACCCCAGCCAGUAUGUCCUUUGGGACCCCUUUGGUCCCCAAUCCAUCCAACGUGUCCUUUGGGACCCCUUUUAUCCCCAACCCAGCCAGCAUGUCCUUUGGGACCCCUUUGGUCCCCAACCCAACCAGUGUGUCCUUUGGGACCCCUUUGGUCCCCAACCCAACCAGUGUGUCCUUUGGGAUAUCUGCAGUCCCUAACCAGCCCACCAGCACAUCAUUUGGGACCCCCAUGGUCCCUAACAUGACCAAUUCACCCUUUGGCUAUCCAUCAGCCUCCAGCCUGGCCAGUGCAUCAUUUGGGACUUCCUUGGCCUCCAAUCCUACCAACAAGUCUUUUGGCACCCCUUUGAUCCCCUACCUAUCCAGUGCAUCCUUUGGGACCCCCUUGGCCCCCAAUCCAUCCAGUGCAUCCUUUGGGACCCCUUUGUUCCCCAAUCCAACCAGCUCAUCCUUUGGGACCCCCUUUGUCCCCAGUCCAUCCAGUGCACCCUUUGGGUCCCCCUUGAUCACCAACCCAGUCCCCACCUCCCUUAGGCACCCAUCAGUCCCCAGUCUAGCCAGCACAUCUUUUGGGACCUCUGUAGUUCCUAACCCAGCCAGCAUGUCCUCUGGGACCCCUUUGGUCUCCAACCCAGCCAGUGUUCCACUGGGAACUGGUUUGCAUCCCCUGCCCAGUGGGGAAGCACCUUGGAGCAAGCCUGGCCCCGAGACCCCCCUGCCCCAGCCCCCCAAGGGCCUGGUGGCUGCGGAGCACCCGGUGCUGCUGCCCUCAGCCCAGCCCCAGCCUCGCCUCGAGGACCCUCCCCACUUCCUAGGGAGUACCGACAGAGCCCCACCGAGCAGCAAGACCAUGCCAAGCCCCACCAAAGCCUUUGCCCCCCAGCCGCCCCCGCACCGGAGGAUGCUCGUGGAUCCCGACAGCGGGAAGUGCUACUACAUGGAGCCGCCGCGGCAGCCCCAGCUGAAGACACUCUACGACCCCGAGACCGGGCAGUACCUGGAGGUGCUGAUCCCACCGGCAGCAUCGCACACGGGGCUCUACCAGGCUCCUUUCAAUCCCCUGGUCGUGGCCCCGGGGGUCUACGGCCCACCCCACGUGCCCUACAGCAGCUUCCCGGGGCUGACGGCACCCCAGCCACCCUCUGCACCCUCUCCAGUGCGCCCUGAGCAGCCAGCUGCCGAAAAUCCCAGCUUCUCCGGGACCUUCAGCUCUGCCGCCAAGGCCGAGGGGCCGCCCGCUACCGGGGGUCCUGACUGCGGCUACCUGGAGAGCCUCUACUACAUCCCCACGGGCAUGCGGGCCAGCCCCGGCCCCAGCCAGCCCCCUGCCCACGCCAGCCCUGCUGAGCCCGAGAAGGGGCCGAUGCUCCGGAUGUGAUG